AUGCAACGUUUGUGUUGCUGUCAAACAAAUAACGAAACGAUUUGCUCAUUUGUUGAUAUUUGCAUUUCGCAACGGUCUUCGGGGCAGAAGAAGAAGUCAAUGGAUGCCUCUCCUCCCCACAAGAAUGCAGAUCUCAAGUGUGCUAAAGAUUUCGCAAUGGACUCUGCGAUUUCUACGACCUCUGGGGGCUUGAACUCCACACGAGGAAACCACAUAUGUAAGCUGGAUGGCUAUGAUACCAAAGACGCUGCGUCAUCGGAUCGAAGAUCUGUUCAAAGUCCAAAGCGCCUAGCUAUAAAUAGGCAAACAACUGCAGACUGCAGACUGCAGAAACUGGCCGCCUCUUUGCAGAUUUGUAGAUUUUCAGAGAAGACUCCGAUCCGGCUGCCAGCUGAAAGCAAUCUGGCUUAA